UCCAGAGCGGCGUGGAGGAAGCACUACCCCCUCUUGGCUCUCAGGCCUCCCGUGCCGUCGCCCACCCGCGCUUCUUCUCCUCCUCUCGCUGGCGCUCCACCAAGCGAUCCGCCUCAAAGCCGCCAAUGGACUCGGAUGCCGGGGAGCCCUUCUACGUCAUCCGCAUCUACCUCAGCGAAUGCCAAGCUCAAGUCAGCAAUUCGACCCUCCUGCUACUUACUGUCUUCAAAGGCCACUCUCUGCCUAAAGACACCGAGGAAUAUCUCGCUGCGCGCGGGUUAGGGAACGCCCUCUCCUCCAUUCAAGCCACAGAUGCCAGAGAUGAAUUGUUCGGCGAUCUCGUUCCCUGCCCUUUCCAGCAACCUGAUGGGACUGCAUCCUCUACAUCGAAAAGGUCACAGGAGAUUGAAACUAGUCCAGCAAAGAAGCAUCCCAAAGUUGCUGAGCAGGAACCGUUACCUGAUAGUCAUCUCUCUUGUAUUCUUGAAUUUGAUGGUGCUUCUAAAGGAAAUCCUAGGAGAGCAGGUGCAGGAGCAAUAAUAAGGCAGUUAGAUGGAUCUCUGAUUGCUCAACUACGUGAGGGCUUGGGCAUUGCAACCAACAACGCUUCUGAAUAUGGUGCAUUGGAGGGAUUCAAGUAUAUCCGUGCUCGAGGCGAUUCCAAAGUUAUAUGCAACCAAGUUUCUGAUUUGUAUCGGAACAUCCGAUCUGACUCAUAUUUGGAUUUUUGGGAAGAGAUUGAGUCGGAUUUGAAGAUAAGUUUUAGAAGAUUCCAACUCAAAUUAGGACAAGACUAA